CUUCGCUGUCUGCAGCCAUGUCUUUUGCUGGAAAAUACCAACUGCAGUCUCAGGAGAACUUUGAGCCUUUCAUGAAAGCUGUUGGUCUAUCUGAUGAGCUCAUCCAGAAAGGCAAGGAUGUUAUAAGUACCACUGAAAUUGAGGAGGAUGGUGACAACUUUAAAGUGACUGUCACAACUGGGUCAAAGGUCCUUGUCAAUUCCUUCACUGUCGGGCAGGAGUCUGAACUAGAGACUCUCACUGGAGAGAAGGCCAAGGCUGUGGUGAUGCGUGAUGGCAAUAAGCUGAAGGUUUCACUGAAGGGAAUAGAGUCUGUCACUGAACUGGUGGAUGGGAAUACACUUAUUGGAACAAUGACUCUUGGUGACAUUGUAUACAAGAGGAUAAACAAACGCAUGUAAUGUGUGUACUCAUGGGGGUAAUAAAGAAUAUAAAAGGCAA